AGAGAGGCGGGGAGGCCCCACCUUUCAUUCCUGCACUGAGCCGGGCUGGCUGGGCGGGAUGAGUCACGGCCGCCUCACCUGCCUCGCUUGGGCGCUGCGGCUCCCUUAGGUGAAGACACAGGCUCUGCUCUCGGGAAAACAAGGCGCGGCGCCUCGCACUGGCCUUGGCAGGGUGCUGGAGCCCUGCGCCUGCCCGGUCUGGUCUCCGGGACCAGGGCUGGGCUUCCCUCAUGCAUGGCCAGAGCCCUCCGCGCGCGGUGCUGCUGCUCCUCUGCUUACAGCUAACAGCUCUUUGGCCCAUAGCAGCUGUGGAAAUUUACACCUCCGGGGCGCUGGAAGCUGUUAAUGGGACAGACGUUCGGCUAAAAUGCACUUUUUCCAGCUUUGUCCCCGUGCAUGAUGCGCUAACAGUGACUUGGAAUUUCCGUCCUCGAGAUGGGGGCCCUGAACAAUUUGUAUUCUACUACCAUGUGGAUCCCUUCAAACCCAUGAGUGGGAGGUUCAAAGACCGGGUGGUCUGGGACGGGAAUCUUGACCGGUACGACGUCUCUAUUAUCCUGUGGAAGCUGCAGUUUGACGACAAUGGAACAUACACCUGUCAGGUGAAAAACCCACCUGAUGUGGAUGGGCUGAUAGGGGCGAUCCGGCUCAGCGUUGUGCAAACUGUACAGUUCUCUGAGAUCUACUUCCUAGCUCUGGCCAUUGGCUCUGCCUGUGGGUUGAUGGUCAUCAUUGUAAUCCUGGUAGUCCUCUUCCAGCAUUUCCGGAAAAAGCGAUGGGCUGAAAGAGCUCACAGAGUGGUGGAGAUAAAACCUCAUGAAGAAGAAAGGCUCAACCAAGAAAAAACGAUCUCUGCUUCUUUAGAAGACACAGACUAAUAUCCCUAGAUGGAAGCUGAAGAUUUCCAAGAUUUCCUGAAGUUCAUGGAAAUUUCUCUUCGGUGUUUCCAGUUGUGACCUGUCUUCUGACAAGUUCUGCAGAACAUACCACCGAGAUAAAUAACAUCUCUCUGCAGGCAGCACAGAGCUCUUGAGCAGAUGCCAGCAGACUCACACACAGUCUCAUUGUUAAGCUUUUAUUUAAUUUCAGAGUACAAAUACUUUUCAAAUCCACAUUAGCUUGUAUAAACUAAGAAGCUACAUUUUUUCCCUUACAACACCCCCUUAUGGGGUAUGACUUGUAGAAACACAUACUGGCAACAAAAGGGAUAAAGGCCAAUUUGUCAUGACAUUUCCUUUCACACAUUAGUAUCUUGAGAGCAUCACCCUUGCUGCUAAAGUUAAUGUUUUCUUUCCUUCUCACAUUUCCAUUAAAGGGGAGCUAAACCUCUCAGCCAUUUUUUAAUUAACAGGAAAUUCCAAGGACAAACUGUUAAGUGUGAUUUUUAUGGUUCUCCUCAAGUAUGGGACACGCCUUUGAUGAGAUUUUUUGUUUUUGUCAGUUAAUGUAAGAUUUAAAAUAGCGCAAGUCCAAAUCAUUCAGUAAGUGCAAAAGGUUACAUAGACACUACUGUAUUGGCAAAUGCCACCUCAGGAUGUAUCAUGUGUCAUCUUUUUACUUUAUUGGGAAAAUAAUUAACAGUGUAGGUCUUUCAUGAGCUGUGACUGUUUAGCUUUCUGCCCUGCCCUUCUAUUCAAUUAUCUUUAACAACAGAGCAAAAUCUAUGCUCGUUUGCAGACUGGAAUCAGUAAGCAGUUUAAUGGAAGGGUUCUGAGAUAGUAUACCGCAACUUUAAAAAUUUAGGGCUGGUGAAGAAGACCAACUCUAAAUGAUGAUAAUUUUGUACAGUAUUAUACAAAGUUCAGAACUGGAUGAGCUUAUUUAAAUAUUUUCUCUGUUUAUUGAUUGUAAUUCACUUGCUUAAGGGACAGAGAAUUCGGUACAGAGCAAAGAAAUACCAAAACUACUUCAACUAACUGAAACUAUUCCCCCUUAUAUUGGUAGGUACACUUUGUAAGUGAGCUGUGGAAAGAAGAGAGCUUUUACAAAAGUGUCUAGUUAUCCAUAUCUUUACAAACUUACACAUUUGUUCAAAGGAUAAAAAACACCUACAAGUUUAGGUCAAAGAUAAAUCUUUUUUGGUAUCAGGGAUCGAACUCGGGACCUUGCGCUUGUGAGGCAGGCAGCAGAACCACUGAGCUAAAUCCCUGGCCCAAAGAUAAAUCUUUAUAGCCUGAUAUUUUCAGUUUUCACUGAUUAAGCUGCUGAUACUUUUUUUUUAAACAAAUUGAAAUUUUCACAGGUUAUAUUUAAAGAUGCUGGAUCUUGAUAUUUUUCUCAAUAUUAUUUCUUUAAAAUUGGUAUAAUUUACAUGUGAACCUCAAUUCUGAAAUUCAUUCUAUACCUAUCUCAUUCUGCCUUUUACACUGCCUCAAAAGGUAAACUCUCAAUACUCAGUUUUGAAACUAGAAAUUAGAUUUGAAAUCUAUUACCUUUAAAUAACAUUUUAUAUUUUUCUUUGUAAUUUAACUCUUGAAGGGCCGGGGAUUUAGCUCAGUGGUUCUGCUGCCCGCCUCGCAAGCUCAAGGUCCUGAGUUCGAUCCCUGAUACCAAAAAAAAUCCCCAAAAACAAACUCUUGAAAAUACAACAACUGGAUAUUUCUUCAGAUGUCUUGAUGAUGCUCCAUAAGUGAAACAAAGUAGUUAAAAACUUUUUCCAGCAAUCUUAUAGCUCGUGUCUUGGCUAAAUACUCAAGGGGUAAUAUGGCCUUGUUUAGUAUCUCCUUCCUGAAGAGCACUUUUGUAUUGUAAUUUAUUUUUUAUUAUACCUUAAACACUAUGUAAAUAAGUCUUUAGUAAUAAAGAAUUAUAAAUUAUACAAUUUC